CGCUCUCUCGUUGGACGAGACAUCAGCACACCACUACGUCACACUGUGACGACGACGCGUAUCAGAGCGACGCCACACAUACAGCAAACUGUCAUCUCGCCCCAUCCGUGUCGAUUUCACGCUCGCAAGCGAGUGCCGCCACUGCAAAUCAACAAAAAAACAUUCGUCCUCAUCGCAUCGACGCCGGGCACGUGGACACGCCUCGAAUUGCGGCAUAUUGUCGACAUCCAGCGGAUCUAGCGAGUCAGAAUGAUGAAGACGGCGUUUCGGACGCCGCAGACGAAAGACAAUUUGGUCGACGACGCGGAGAGCGACGAGUUGGGAGACUUGAGCGACGAGUAUACGCCGUGUGCUGGUCGUGCGGCUUAUGCGACGCGUCCACAGGCAAAGAGAAAAUUGAAUCUCGGUAAACAGACUAGAGAUGGGUUUAAGACUCCACAUGGGAGGAGAAAGAGACAGCCGUCUGUUAGUAGUCCGUAUGGACGAUCUCCUGAUUGUUCUCGGAAUCGUUACGACACAUCAUUGGGCUUACUCACCAAGCGUUUUGUCACCAUGAUGCACGCUUCACCCGACAAGGUCAUCGACCUCAAUGCGGCAUCCGAGAAGCUAACUGUACAAAAACGGAGAAUCUACGACAUCACAAACGUCCUAGAAGGAGUCGGCCUCAUCAAGAAAAGAACGAAGAACAACGUCCAAUGGGUGGGACACGAAGGAGAACAAAAUGAAAAUGAUGCCACUUCUGCUGCAGCAGAAUGCAGCAGGAAGUUCACGUUGGAAUCGGAAUUGAACAAGAUGAACACUCGAGAGGAAGAACUGGAUACGUUGAUCAAACAAAGCCAAGAAACCUUGAAGAAACUUACCGAAGACUCCCUCAACUCAAGAUUGGCAUUUGUGACGUAUAAUGACAUCAGAUCGAUCCAGAGUUUGAGUGAUCAACAGGUUAUGGCCAUCAAGGCACCAGCAGAGACCAUGUUGGAAGUGCCGGAACCCGACGAGGAAAUUCAAAUCUAUUUGAAAAGCACCAACGGUCCAAUCGACGUCUUCCUCUGUCCAGACAACCCGGACGACAGCGAAGCUCGACUUCUCACCGAUGCCGACCCAGACACUCCUCACAACUCAAUCACACAAGAUUCCCCAUCAGCAUACAGCGACACACUAGCCGAUCUCGCUCUCGUUCAAGAAGCUCUCGAGGCGAAUUCCAAAACAACCGAAUCCAACCCGCCAACGCCAGCAAAGAUCGCCACUCUCGUUCAGAGUCUGCAAUCGGGAUCCGAUCGGAAAGGCUUCAAUUCGUUUGGUCACAUGUCACCGGGAACGUGCAAUCGCUCGAUCCCUGGAAGUCCGAUGACUCACGAUCUAUUUGGGAUGUCUCAACCGAUGUUGUCGAGUGAUCUCCCUUCGAGUGGGAGCUACAACAGCGACGAGUUGAGUUUCAUACAACUCGAACCGCUGAACAGCACCGACUGUUUGUUCAGUCUUGACGAACGCGAAGGCAUCAGCGACUUGUUUGACAUUGAAAACUGAUUUCUAUGCUACCCAACACUGCAGUUGAGUUGUACUACUGUAUCUUUACAACACAUCCACAUCCAUGCACGUACAUACACACAUACACACGCACAUACAUGUGCACGUACACACACA